AUGAAUAAGGUAUGCAGAAAUUUUCUCACAGUAUUUAUUGUUUUAACAACGGUUACCACUCUAUUGCUUACAAAACAUCGAAACCCUAGAGUACCUCGUUCACAACAACAAUUAUCUGCUAUCGAUUUAUAUGAAUAUGCUCGAUUGCUCACUAUUAACGGUUUUAUUGAUCCAACAUGCAAACAAACUCAAAAUAUUUAUGUUUGUGCCGGCCACUGUCCUUGGACUAAGAUUCACGAUAACGAACUUGUUUCAUGUUCUUUUCUUCCACGUAAGACUAAUCCUGACUUUAUCAAAUAUAAUAUUUAUUGUACUCCUGAUCCUGAUCAAUGUCCAAAUUAUAACGCAUGGCUUAAAGACAGUCUGCCACUAACACUUCAACAUAUCAAACAAAUACCUGAUGAUCUUUUAUCUAAUUUUACACUAAACUAUACAACACCAGUAGCUUAUGAGUCUCAAAACUUUCGUGCAGAUGAUACUUUGCCAGUGCACUGGACAAUCGAUGUUAUUGAGAACUAUCGUAAACAAGUACGAGCAAGAGAAGCUUAUGGUUCAUACAGUAACAAAGAUAUAUAUCCUGCACUAGAUAAAUAUGCAUCAUUAGCCAUUACCAAUAAGGAAUGUGCUGUUAUUGGAACUGAAAAUCCAUGGAUUGAAGCAGCACUACUUGAAUAUAAUGCAUCCAGUGUUACAACGAUUGAAUAUGCAACUAUUCAUUCGAAUAUUCCUCGUCUAUUUACGAUAACGCCAAUGGAUUUUGCAAAACAACAGCAGAAUAGUAAACGUCAACGACAAUUAUUUGAUAGUGUAUGGUCAUAUAGUAGUAUUGAACAUGAUGGUCUUGGUCGAUAUCGAGAUCCAUUGAAUCCAUAUGGUGAUUUUCAGACAAUGAUAAAAAUAACAUGUAUUCUUAAACCUGGUGGAUUUCUAUUUUUGGGUGUACCACUUAACGUUCAAGAUUUAAUUCAAUUCAAUUUACAUCGUCUAUAUGGACCUAUUCGUUUACCACUUUUAUAUCGAAAUUUUCAUAUCGUUGAAAUGUUAGGCACAGCAAUGGAAACAACAACAGGCUCCUUUGCUGCUCAACAGUUUGUUGUUUUGCAAAAUAAAAUAGGAUGCAAAAGUUCCUAG